GGGCCGGCGAGGGCUCUUGCGCAAGCGCAGCUCGUACUUCCCCGGUUUUUUCUUUUUCUUUUUCUUUUUUUUUCUUCCCCUCUCCCUUUCCCCCUCCUUCUCCCAAGCCUGAGGGGUCUUGAGGUGACAGCGCCUGCAACUGGGAGUCCAGAAGCUGGAGAAAAAGAUGGACAAGAGGAAGCUCGGGCGACGGCGAUCUUCAUCCGAAAUUGUCACAGAAGGAAAAAGGAGAAAAUCUUCAUCUUCUGAUUUCCAUGAGUUUCAGAUAAGAAAGAUGUUAAAUGUAAAACCAGAAGAUGUUCAUGCUCAAUCACCACUGUCCAAAUUCAGAAGCACAGAAUGCUGGGAUCUCCCUUUGCAGGGGUGGAAAAGAAGCCUAAGAAAUAAAGUCAUCUCUCUGGACCAUAAGAAUAAAAAAGGUGUCCAUGAGUGUCCUGUCACUGCUAAGGCAUCACCAGAAAGGCAACUCAAAGUUAUGUUGACGAAUGUCCUAUUGACGGAUUUAGGACGAAAAUUCAGAAAGACCCUACCUAGAAACGAUGCUAAUUUAUGUGAUGCCAACAAGGUGCAAUCAGACUCAUUGCCUUCGACAUCUGUUGACAGCAUAGAGACAUGUCAUAAAUUAGAGCCUCUUCACCAAAGCCUUAAUUUAUCUAAAAGGAUACCCAGAGUUAUACUGACGAAUGUCCUGGGAACGGAGUUAGGAAGAAAAUACAUAAAGAUCCCUCCUGUAACUGAGGCCAGUUUGAGUGAUACAGACAACUUGCAAUCAGAGGAACUUUCUUCAUCUUCUGAUGACAGCCUAGAGACUUGUCAAAAUCUAAAUCCCCACAAGAGCUGUUGUUUAUCUGAAAGGGGUUUGCAACCAAGUAAGACAUUAGAUAACGUUUCUACAAAGCAGGCUGCACACACUAAAGAAAAGCGGAGAGAUGAUGAUGGCAUUUCUCUUGCAUUGUCUGAUACUCAGCUUAAAGACCUUAACAGUGCAAUUAGAGGUUGUGAUUGUCUUGAAGAGGGGAGCAGAAACAAGGAUGUUACAUAUUCUGAUUCAAAAAUGGAACCCACUCUGAUUUCCAGGAAGACAAAGAAAAGGCUUAGAAGUCAUUUACCUGAUGCUCAUAAUUCUGUUUCUUCUAUGGAUAAGUCAGCAGAACAAACAAAAGAACCAGAAAAUGACUCAACAGUAUCUGCGGAGUUUGACAAGUCAAGUGAAAACUAUCAUCAGGACAGAAAACUACUUGAAGAAGUUUCCCCUGAAUCUAUUGAAAAUGAUUUUACUAAACUGUCUGCAUUUAAUAGUCAGGAAUUGGCUUUGAGUACUGUUCCCAAAACUGCCUCUGCCUGUUCAACCUCUGAAUCUUUAGAGAACUCUAUUUCCAGUGAUUCUGUGGGUAUUUCUUCCCUGAUUGAAAAGAUUGAGAAUGAAUUGAAUACAAUAGAAAAUUCUGUUCCAAGUGGACACCAUGAAGGGAACCAAUCAUUGAUUUCUGCUGAACCAAUUGUUGUUUCCAGUGAUGAAGAAGGACCCAUUGAACACAAGAGUUCUGAAGUUCUUAAAUUACAACCUAGACAAGACCAUGGGAUCACUAAUGAAAGUGAGAGCAGGUCUGAGUCAACAUUAUCAGAACUACCAUUGGUUACAUGUGAAUCUGUACAGACAUCAUCUGAAUUAUGUUCAUACAAUCCUGUCAUGGAAAACAUUUCCUGUAUUAUGCCUAGUAAUAAGAUGACUCUACAACUGGAUUUUAUAUUUACUUCUGUUUAUAUUGGUAAAAUAAAAGGAGCUGCUAAAGGUUGUGUUACAUUUACAACAAAGUAUAUUAAGAUCCCAUUUCAAGUGUCCCUGAAUGAGGUUUCAUUGCUAAUGGAUACCAGACAUUUAAAGAGGUUUGGAUUGUGGAAAAGUAAGGAUGAGGAUCACAGUAAAAGGAGUCAUGCUAUCCUUUUCCUCUGGGUCUCUUCAGAUUAUCUUCAAGAAAUUCAGACCCAGUUAGAAAAUUCUAUAUUAAGCCAGCAAUCAAAAUCCAGUGAAUUCAUUUUCAUUGAAAUACACAAUCCUAUUUUACAAAGAGAAGAAUUGAAACUGAAAGAUAUUAUGACAGAAAUUAGUGCAACCAAUGGAGAAGUAGAGCUUUCUUAUCCAUUGUCUUGGGUUCAGGCACUUCCUUUGUUUCAGAAUCUCUCUUCAAAAGAAAGUUCUUUUAUUCAUUAUUAUUGUGCUUCAACUUGUUCUUUACCUGCUGCUGCUACCGAGGCAAUGAAGAUGAAAUCAGUAUCUCAGCCUUCAAAUACAGAUGCCACCAAACCUACCUACACCUUCCUGCAGAAGCAAAGUAGUGGUUGUUACUCACUAUCCAUCACAUCUAACCCAGAUGAAGAAUGGCGAGAAGUCAGGCAAACUGGACCUGUUCAGAAAUUGAUUGUAUAUCCUCCACCCCCUACCAAAGGAGGAUUAGGAGUAACUAAUGAAGAUCUGGAGUGUUUAGAAGAAGGAGAGUUUCUUAAUGAUGUAAUAAUUGAUUUUUACCUUAAGUAUCUUAUGUUGGAGAAGGCAUCAGAUGAACUUGUUGAACGAAGUCACAUUUUUAGUAGCUUUUUCUAUAAAUGCUUGACGAGAAAGGAAAAUAAUUUAACAGAAGAUAAUCCAAAUCUUUCAAUGGCACAGAGAAGACAUAAAAGAGUAAGAACAUGGACUCGUCAUAUAAAUAUUUUUAAUAAAGAUUACAUCUUUGUACCUGUUAAUGAGUCGUCUCACUGGUAUCUUGCAGUCAUUUGUUUUCCAUGGUUAGAAGAAGCUGUGUAUGAAGAUUUUCCCCAAGCUGUAUCCCCACAGUCCCAGGCUCAGCAGUCCCAACAUGACAACAAAACAAUAGAUAAUGAUCAACAUUCUACAUCAUUGUUAUCUCUGAGUGCAGAGGAUUCUCAAAGUACCAAGAUGAAUAUAUCAGUACCUAAGAAAAUGUGUAAAAGGCCAUGUAUUCUCAUACUUGACUCCUUGAAAGCUGCUUCUAUACAAAACACAGUUCAGAAUUUACGAGAGUAUUUAGAAGUCGAGUGGGAAGUUAAGCGAAAAACUCACCGUGAAUUCAGCAAAACAAACAUGGUGGAUCUAUGCCCUAAAGUUCCUAAACAGGAUAACAGUAGUGAUUGUGGAGUAUAUUUACUGCAAUAUGUGGAAAGCUUCUUCAAGGAUCCUAUUGUUAACUUUGAAUUUCCUAUUCAUUUGGAGAAAUGGUUUCCUCGUCAUGUAAUAAAGACCAAACGUGAAGAUAUUCGGGAACUCAUUUUGAAACUUCAUUUACAGCAACAGAAGGGCAGCAGUAGCUAGUUAAUCUGUGAAAACAUGACACAUAUGUUCUCUAAGAUUACUGGAAAGCGGCUUACCAGCAUUUGUGUUAGCCAGCUCACAGAGAAGAAAAUAACUUGCAGUAGUUUUAUAAGUCAUUGAACAUUAUUUAAAAUAUAUAUUAUUAGAAUUGUUGGGAUUCAUAGAUGGAGUGUGAAUGGGGGUAAUAUAGAUAAACAUAUUAGAUAGAAAUUGAAAUUUCAUAAAUGUUUGAUAUUUUUCUGGGUAUAUAUGCUUGGAUUAUGCAAUAGUAUAUGACAUAUGUAAUGUGGGAAUGUUUUUGUAGAUAAUAAAAGUAUGUGAUCUGUACUUCCACAUGACUGGGUGUUAAAGGGAGUUAGGUCCUCCCUGGUGCCAACCCCAGGGCUUGUCAAAUUUGUUGACAAGUCACAUCAUAUUGUAAUUCUAUUCUUUGCAGCUCAAGCAUGCAGUAUGAAUACUGUGUAUUUUUUUAAAAAGAGAAUUUAGUAUCAAGGUUUCAGAAAAUGCCAUUCAAGGCAUCCCUUCUGUAUAGUGUAAAAAAAGACAUUCAUAAUGUUAGGAAGAUGAUGAAGAAGUCACUCUUUCAAAGCGCAGCUUAUUACUCUCAAUUGCUAAAUGUAAUUACUGUUCUAAUUUUUCCUUUCCAUUUCUCUUGAUGUUACAUGUGGGAUUCUGAGAAUUUAGUUCAUUUUUUCAGGGUAAAAAUUGGAACAAAAAAUUAAGCUGUCCAAAAUAGGUUUUUAAAAAUUAUAUAUGUAGCUCAACUUAAGUUUAUUUGGAGUAUAGCUAUAUAAAUAUUCACUCCUAAGUUAUCACAGAAUAUAUGUAUACAGCUUCUAAAACAUAUGAGAUAAAAUUGGUGUUCUCAUAACUUUAACAAAAAAUAUACCUAGAGUUCUAUUUAUUAAUUGUUAGAAUGAAAUAUAUAAUUUUAUAGCUCAGUUUGCCCAGUAUUCAUCUGCAAAGACAGAUUGCUCUCAUUACUUUUAUAUUUUAAAAUUGUAGUUUUUAAAGACCUGUGAUCGCAUAUAGAUCUUAAACCUAUGGAGCUUAAUUUUUUUAUUAAAUAUUCAGGUAACAGUUCUACUGAAUUCAUGUGAUGAUAGUGGUGUUAUAUUUGAUUAAACACUUUAGAACCUUCUGAUGUUAUCAGGAAUAUUUUGAGGGAGACAUGAAUAUAUUGUAUUUUCUCAAAUAAGAAAAAAUUUUUUAAGAAUAUUACUUUAAUCUUCUGUUUUAAGCAUUUCUUAUAUUUACCUUGUAACUAUAUGUAAGGGAGUAAGCAAAAGCAAUUUAAGAAAACACUAAAGUCUGAAUAGUUUAUUUCAGAAUUAUGUGAAUUGAGGUUUAGUUAAGCCUCAGUGUCCUUAGCUUUUGUUAAGCUUGUCACCAUCUUUAUAUUGUUACAGAUAUAUUUGUCUCUCAGAGAUUUCAUAUCAUAUGAUUAUAAUUGCGUUUUCAUUCCCAGUAUGUAUGUGUUGGGGGGAGGCUUUUUUAGGUGACUGUUAUUUUGUACAUCUAAUUUUGGGAAAGCAAGUAUAUAUGACAUCUUGUGAUUUCUUAACUCUUUUGUUUGUAUAUUUUUCAAAGAUCCCACUGUCCUUUAUUAUGUUUUAAAGAUUGUUUAAAAUUAAUUUUCCUAAAUUCAUGUGGAAAUAAUGCUUUGACGAUAUCAACAUUUUAUAUUAA